AAAUUCUCUCUCACACACUCAAGAACAAGACAACAGUCAAGAAAAAUCAGAUGAGUCUCUAUAGCAUUAUUAGCUUGUUGUUACUGUUCCUCAUCACGAUUUCAAUGGAGUUUAAAGAGACAUUAUCUUUAAGAAGAGACAUGACCAAGCUUUUAAAGCUCCAAGAGAAGAUCCAAGAAAGACUCGCAAUCACUCCCACUCUCUCGCCAGUGUCUUCUCCUUCUUCUCACUCUCCCAAAAUGGUGGGGAAGGUGAUAUACCCGAUUGGUUACGGAGCUGACCCUACAGGUGGACAAGACAGUAGUGACGCAAUACUUGAAGCUUUAACUGAUGCUUUUCAGUUACAAACUGGACUUGAGAUGCUGCCACGUGUUGCUGAUCUAGGUGGUCUAGUUAUUGAUCUCCAAGGUGGCAGUUACAUGAUCGGAAAACCUCUCAGGUUCCCUUCCUCCGGCGGAGGAAAUCUUGUGGUGAAAGGUGGGACUUUUCGGGCAUCGGAAGUGUUUCCCGGUGAUAGGCAUUUGGUUGAGCUUGUAGCAUCGAACUCCGGGAAACCAAUGAAAAUGUCGCCGGAGGAGUCUUUCUCCGAUCAGAAAGACCAGAGCUCUGGGAUCUUCUAUGAAGAUGUGACUUUCCAAGAUGUUCUCUUCGACUCAAGAUUCCGAGGAGGUGGUAUUUUGGUGAUUGACUCGGCUCGUAUCCGUAUAACCAAUUGCUACUUCCUCCAUUUCACAACACAAGGGAUUAAAGUCCAAGGAGGUCAUGAGACAUACAUUUCAAACUCCUUCUUGGGGCAACAUUCAACGGUAGGAGGAGACAGAGAAGAAAGAGGAUUUUCCGGGACAGGAAUCGAUAUCUCUAGUAACGAUAAUGCCAUUACGGAUGUAGUGAUUUUCUCGGCUGGUAUCGGUAUCUCUUUGAACGGCGGGGCAAAUAUGGUUACGGGUGUGCAUUGCUACAAUAAAGCUACAUGGUUUGGUGGAAUUGGCAUUCUAGUGAAAUCGCAUUUAACAAGGAUAGACAAUUGUUACCUUGAUUACACAAGUAUAGUCAUUGAAGAUCCUGUCCAUGUUCAUGUCACUAAUGCUUUGUUCUUAGGGGAUGCGAAUAUUGUCUUGAGAUCGGUACACGGGAAGAUUUUCGGGGUAAACAUCGUCAACAAUAUGUUUCUUGGUACUGCCAAAAACAACUUCCCAAUUGUCAAGCUAGAAGGAGAGUUUCAUGAUAUUGAUCAAGUUGUGAUUGCUCAGAACAAUGCAGAAGGGAUGAUGUUGAAAUCAACAACCGGACAGGCCAAGGUUUCCGCAAAUGGAACAAGAUGGAUCGCUGAUUUUUCCCCUGUUUUGGUAUUCCCAAACCGGAUAAAUCAUUACCAGCAUUCUUUUUUCACUCAAUCAGGCCAGAUUCCUGCAAAUGCAGUGACCAAUGUCUCCAACAAUGUGGUAGUUGUAGAAACCGAUAGAGCUGUAACUGGAACCGUGUCAAUAAUUGUUUAUCAGUAAAACAACAUUCUUCACAUUGAUCAUAUUCCUAAUAAGAAGCAUGAUUUGAC